GGUCCGUCAUCCUCAGCCAAGUCAACCCCUCUCUCCGCCACCACCCACCCGCCCUAUCAAUUCCCUCUUCUCUCCUUCCUGGAAAAGCCCUACACAGCUCCAACGAAUAUUCUACAUUCAUAUUCAUACCAUAUAUAGUAUACGACUAUACGCAUUGAUUGAAAUUCAUUACUUUGAAGUUUGAAUCCUUCCAAUUCAGAGCUCAAUUUCCCCGCGGGCUCUGUAUGGCGUCGGAGAUCGAGGUCGUUGAGGAGGUCGAAUUAAGAGAUCGGGGAUCUGCGGCGGCGACGACGUCGUCGUCGAAUACCGGAGUUGCGUCCGGCUCGGUGGUGGAGGAGGACAGCUUGAGGAACGAUGUUUACACGGCUGCGGCGUACGGGGACAUGGAAAAGUUGCAGAGGUUGGUCGAGAGCGAGGGGUGCUCGGUUUCUGAGCCGGAUGGCCUCGGCUACUACGCGCUCCAGUGGGCCGCUCUCAACAACCGCAUUGCGGCUGCGCAAUACAUCAUUGAGCAUGGAGGAGAUGUAAAUGCUGCAGAUCAUACGGGGCAAACAGCAUUACACUGGAGUGCAGUUCGGGGUGCAGUUUCGGUUUCAGAGCUUUUACUCCAAGAGGGUGCUCGGAUAAAUGUGGUUGAUAUAUAUGGUUAUCAGGCAACACAUGUUGCUGCUCAAUAUGGUCAGACAGCUUUUCUUUAUUAUAUAGUUACGAAGUGGAAUGCUGAUCCUGAUGUUCCUGACAAUGAUGGGAGAAGCCCUUUACACUGGGCUGCAUACAAAGGCUUUGCUGAUUGUAUACGUCUGUUGCUAUUUUUGGAUGCAUAUAGGGGACGUCAGGAUAAAGAGGGAUGUACACCUCUUCAUUGGGCUGCUAUAAGGGGUAACCUGGAAGCAUGCACAGUGUUAGUGCAGGCAGGGAAGAAGGAAGACCUGGUGGUGACUGAUCAUACUGGUCUUACACCUGCACAGCUUGCUUCUGAUAAAAAUCACCGACAAGUUGCUUUUUUCCUUGGAAAUGCUAGAAAGUUGUUUGAAAAACGUUGUGAUGGGAACAGCCGGCUUGGGAAAAUUUCAAAACUAGGCUUUGCUCCUAUACUAUGGUGUAUAAUUUUUCUACUACUUGUAACGUAUAUCCAUUCGGUCAUCAUGGCUCCUACUCUGCCAAAAUUAACUGCCGGUGGUGCUUUAUUUGCAUGGUUGGGUGUUUUCAUUGCAACUUCUGGACUAGUUAUGUUUUAUAGGUGUAGCAGCAACGACCCGGGUUACAUAAGGAUGAGCUUACAUGAUUCACAUGAUACAAAAGAUGAUGAACCAUUAUUGAAGCUUGAAAUGAACCACCCUGCUUUGGUUGCUGGAAACUGGUCUCAGCUUUGCUCCACAUGCAAGAUUGUCCGUCCUCUUCGUGCAAAACACUGCUCCACCUGUGAUCGUUGUGUGGAACAAUUCGAUCAUCAUUGCCCUUGGGUAUCUAAUUGCAUUGGCAAGAAAAACAAAUGGGAUUUUUUCUUGUUUCUUGUUCUUGAGGUGUUGGCUAUGUUAAUAACUGGUGGAGUCACCCUUACAAGAGUCUUGACUGAUCCAGUGGCUCCAUCUUCUUUUGGUGCAUGGUUAAACCACGCUGGUACUCAGCAUAUUGGUGCUAUAAUUUUUUUACUUGCAGAUUUUUUCCUAUUCUCUGGUGUGACAGUCUUAACUGUGACUCAAGCUUCUCAGAUUUCUCGCAAUAUUACAACAAAUGAAAUGGCAAAUGCAUUGCGCUAUAAUUACCUCAGAGGGCCAGGUGGUCGCUUCAGAAAUCCGUAUGAUCAUGGGUGUAAGAAAAACUGUUCAGAUUUCCUGAUAAAUGGGUAUAAUGAGGAUAUUGAGUGUAGUGAAGAAUCAGCUGAAGGCGAAGGAGUUGGGAUGAUACAAAUGGCUGCUAGUUCAGCCCUGCAAAACGGUGCCUGCCAUUCUCAACAGACCAAUGGAAACGACCAUGUAGUUAUCAAUGUGAAUAAGAACACGAGUAGCCAUCAAAAUCAUGUUCACGCUUCUCACUGUAAUCAUCAUAAUAGUAGCAAAAACAAAAGUGAAUCUGUACCGUUGGGAUUGGGUAUGGGCUUAGGGCGAAAUGCUGGCCGUACUGGGGUUGUUUCAUGAUUGAUGCCCCACCAUUUUGGUUGAGAAUGCCUCAUUCAUGGUUGCUGUUGUAUGUCAGUAAGUAGACAUGUUUAGGUUUAGUAGUAAUUUACAAUUUUUUUGGUCGUUUCCUAUGUUCUCCGAGAUUGUGAAUGGCAAGAACAUGUUUACAUUAGAGCAAAUGAGCUAAAUAUUUAUGAUGGUAAUGAUAGUUGAGGCUUUGCGUUUUGAGA